CCGAUCCACUCGUCGGUGAUACAUUCWGACAGAAACGGUUCUACCUCCGUCUUCAUAUUUGUCUCCCAUCUCCGGGGCAGAGUGUCACCGCCCACCAUAAACUAUAUAAGUUUGGCAGCACGUCCGUCAAUCACCCAUCAAUCAUGUGGACAUUCGUCGUGUGUGCUCUUUUGGCCUGUGCGCUACAACAGGUGUCUGCAGCCACCACCGCUCAGGAGUCAGAUCCCAAAUUCUGGAUUGAAAAUGGAAAACUCAUGUUGGAGAAAAAGUCAAAACAACCAUUGCGGACAAACCAAGCAAAGAACGUGAUAAUGUUUCUGGGAGAUGGUAUGUCAUUGACAACAUUGACGGCCGCUCGGAUAUACAAAGGUCAGUUGCAGAAUACGUCUGGUGAAAGCGAUCACUUGAGCUUCGAACAGUUUCCAUUCACCGGAAUAUCAAAGACGUAUUGCGUUGACAGUCAAGUGGCUGAUUCAGCAUGUUCAGCCACGGCAUAUUUGUGUGGCGUAAAGGCAAACAUUGGCACGAUUGGUGUGACAUCUAAAGUACCCUUGGGAGAUUGUCCGCUAUCCGUCCCGGACGAGCACCACGUGACUUCGAUAAUGCAAUGGGCGCAGUGGGCUGGGAAGGCGACUGGUAUCGUGACCACGACCCGGGUAACACACGCAUCCCCAGCAGGCACUUACUCACAAAUCGCGCACCGAGACUGGGAAUCUGACGAAGAUAUGAUAGUUCAAUCAAAUGGCAAAACCAAUUUAACACAGUGUGAAGAUAUAGCUAAACAGCUGGUUACAAGAGAACCUGGCAGAAAUUUCAAGGUUAUCAUGGGUGGUGGUCGCAAUAAUUUUAUGAAGAAAGGAGACAACUCCACGGGUAAACGCCAUGACGAAGACUUAAUCCAAAAUUGGAAGAAAGACAAGAAGACUCGGUUUAGUGAUAAAAUUGCCAAGUACGUGACGACAAGACAGGAACUAUUAGAAACAGAUAUGUCUCAAACUGAUUUUGUGUUAGGUCUUUUUCAUCCGGAACACAUGGACUAUAGAUUAAAAUCCGAUUUCGAGACGCAGCCCACGUUACAGGAAAUGACCAGGAAUGCUAUUCAGUUGCUUCAGAAGGAACCAAACGGUUUCGUUCUUUUCGUAGAAGGCGGCCUUAUCGACAAAGCACAUCACAAUACUUGGGCAAGAAUCGCACUCGACGAAACUUUAGAAUUUUCCAAUGCUGUGGCGGACGCUGUGGCGAUGACUAGUGAAGAUGACACAUUAAUCGUGGUGACUUCAGACCAUGCGCACACCAUGUCGAUGGCUGGUUACCCUAAACGAAACGAGAAUAUUCUCGGUGUAUCGGGAACGAUGGCCAUGGACAACAUGACGUAUACAACACUGAGCUACGCCAACGGUCCAAAAAAAUCCUACACGGGUGAUGACGUAUCAUGUCAUAGAGUCAACGUAACGAACGAAGAUGUUGCAAAGAAAGUCGACUUCUCAUAUCCAAGUCUGGUCGAUUUAGACUCUGAGACUCACGGAGGAGAUGAUGUCAUGGUAUUUGCGAGGGGUCCUAUGUCACAUUUAUUCACUGGAAACUACGAGCAAAAUCUAAUUCCUCUUGGUAUGGCAAUGGCUGCUGGAAUUUCCACAAAUCCUUCGUCUACUGACUCUAGCAGUGGUGCCAUUGCACCAUGUAAUUCCGCUGGACAAACUAUUCUCGCAGUCCUAUUUUUGACUUUUGUUGGAAUUAUACAGUCUAGCUUAUAAAUCUCAAAAAAAAAAA